AUGGUGGAUAAGAAAAGAACAUUAUCUCCUGAAGAGGAAGAAGACGACGAUGACAUUCCUUUACACAAGAAAGUCAAGCUUGAGAUCGAGCCCGACAACUCGUCCGAUCAAGAAGGCAAUACCAAUGGUUCUGACAAGAAUAAAGAUGAAGAGAAUGGAAAUAGUAACAUUAGAGGAGAUAGACAUGUGAAGCGUGAAAAUGAGGAAGACGACGAGGAUGAGGACGAAGACGAGAAAGAGGAAAAGGUCAAAGACGAAGACGCAGAAGAUGGAGAAGAAGGUGAUGAAGAAGAGGAGGAGGAAGAUGAUGACGACGAUGAUGAUGAAGCUGAAGAAGAACGCAAAAGAAUAACCACAUUCAACUUUGACGGAGAUGUAUACACAUUCAAAGAAAGACCGUCUGUAAUUGAGGAAAAAGAGGGCAAGAUAGAAUUCCGAGUAGUAAACAACGACAAUACUCGAGAAAGUAUGAUUGUAUUAACUGGUUUAAAAAACAUCUUUCAGAAACAAUUACCUAAAAUGCCUCGAGAAUAUAUUUCCAGGUUGGUAUACGACAGAUCACAUUUAUCCAUGGCCGUGGUUAGAAAACCGUUAACUGUGGUGGGUGGUAUUACUUACAGACCUUUUAAUAAUCGAGGAUUUGCGGAAAUUGUCUUUUGUGCUAUAUCUUCCACCGAACAAGUUCGUGGUUAUGGUGCUCAUUUGAUGAAUCAUUUAAAAGAUUAUGUCCGAGCAACUUCUCCUAUAAUGUAUUUCUUAACCUAUGCUGAUAAUUAUGCUAUUGGAUAUUUCAAAAAACAAGGUUUCACCAAGGAGGUAUCGUUAGAUAAAUCAAUAUGGAUGGGGUAUAUCAAAGAUUAUGAAGGAGGUACAUUAAUGCAGUGUUCAAUGUUGCCACCAAUAAUGCGAUAUUUGGAUCUGGGAAAGAUUCUAUUAUUGCAAAAAGCCGCUAUUGAAAAGAAAAUCAAACUGAGAUCAAAAUCACAUAUAGUUCGAGCAGGAUUACAAGUAUUUAAAACCAACAAGAAUGUAACAUUAGACCCGAAGGAUAUUCCUGGCUUAAUAGAAAGCGGGUGGCUGGAAGAAAUGGAUAAAUUAGCCCAAAAACCAAAACGCGGGCCUCAUUACAAUUUCAUGGUUACUUUGUUUUCAGAAAUGCAAAACCAUCCCUCAGCAUGGCCAUUUGCCGUGCCGGUUAAUCGAGAAGAAGUUCAAGAUUAUUACGAAGUUAUUAAAGAACCAAUGGAUUUGUCUACUAUGGAGCUGAAACUUGAAAAUGACAAGUAUGAAUCAUUCGAUCAGUUCUUGUAUGAUGCCAGAUUAAUUUUCAAUAAUUGUCGUGCUUAUAAUAGUGAUACUACGACAUAUUAUAAGAAUGCCACCAAGUUGGAAAAGUUUUUUAAUAAUAAGAUCAAGGAGAGUGCAGAGUAUUCUCAUUAUUUAGAAUGA